AUGCAAUCAUACGAUGUACUUUUUUUAAUGCUGUUGAAACAGAGUAAUUUCCUUUAGCACACAAGUCUUAGAGACAAAAGAAAAAAAGGUCUGCAACAUGAAAGUCACAGGCAUCACAAUCCUCUUUUGGCCCCUCUCCAUGAUAUUAUUAUCAGACAAAAUCCAGUCUUCUAAAAGAGAAGUCCAAUGUAAUUUUACUGAAAAAAAUUAUACCUUGAUUCCAGCAGAUAUCAAGAAAGAUGUCACUAUACUUGAUCUCAGUUAUAACCAAAUUACUCUUAAUGGUACAGACACAAGAGUUCUACAGACAUACUUUUUACUCACAGAGCUCUAUUUGAUUGAGAACAAGGUUACUAUCUUACAUAAUAACGGUUUUGGUAACCUCUCCAGUCUAGAAAUUUUAAAUAUCUGUAGAAACUCCAUCUAUGUAAUUCAACAGGGUGCAUUUUUAGGCUUAAAUAAACUAAAACAGUUAUAUCUCUGCCAAAACAAAAUAGAACAACUGAAUGCUGAUGUAUUUGUGCCUCUAAGAAGCCUAAAACUUCUGAAUCUGCAAGGCAAUUUGAUUAGCUAUUUGGAUGUACCACCACUAUUUCAUCUGGAAUUAAUAACUUUAUAUGGAAACCUAUGGAACUGCUCUUGCAGUCUAUUUAAUUUGCAGAACUGGUUGAACACAUCAAAUGUGACAUUAGAAAAUGAGAACAUCACCAUGUGUAGCUACCCCAACAGCCUGCAGAGCUACAAUAUCAAAACAGUACCUCAUAAGGCUGAAUGCCACUCAAAAUUUCCUUCAUCAGUAACUGAAGAUCUUUAUAUUCAUUUUCAGCCCAUCAGCAAUUCAACAUUUAACAGCUCUUCGAACAACUUAACAAGAAAUUCAGAACAUGAACCUCUUGGAAAAAGUUGGGCUUUUCUUGUUGGUGUUGUUGUCACUGUACUGACGACUUCACUUCUCAUUUUUAUUGCUAUUAAAUGCCCAAUAUGGUACAAUAUUCUGCUUAGUUAUAAUCAUCAUCGCCUGGAAGAGCAUGAAGCAGAAACCCAUGAAGAUGGUUUUACUGGAAAUCCAAGCUCUCUUUCACAGAUACCAGAAACAAACUCUGAAGAAACUACAGUAAUAUUUGAACAAUUACAUUCAUUUGUGGUAGAUGAUGAUGGAUUUAUUGAAGACAAAUAUAUAGAUAUCCAUGAAUUACGUGAAGAAAAUUAAUUUCUUUCAAAGUUUGCUUUUUAAAGCAAAGUUAUCAGCUCACUCACAGUUUAGAAAUGGAGAUUUUGCUAUGUGACAUACCAAAAUACAGCUGGCAGGCAUUUAUAUUAAUGACAACAUACAUGAAUAUCAUAAAAUUAUGUUCUUUGCAUUAUAUUGAGCAAGCAGGUCCAAAUACAGUAACUGACACUCCUUGGUAGUUGACAGUUACAUAGUCUACAAUACUAGCACUACUAUUCUUAGCAGUGCUUGGGUGACCAUACGAACUAGUAAAAAGGUCUAAAUUAUUCAUGAACUAAAAUGAAUGGAUUCUCAUAUUAACACAGAUAUUUGACAUAAUAUGUAUUAAGUUAUACUAAUGUUUCAAUCAGUAAAGAAAUAAAAGUUUAGGAUUUAUUAAUAUAUGGAAGUCAAAGUGAGGAACAGAGAUAGCUUAAAUAAUACACUAAGAUUGAUUUUACGCUCCCAGAAUAAAAUCAUAGAGUUGGAAAAUAUUUUUUUGAAAUGCUUCCUGAAAUAGCACAAUAAAUUUCCUUAAAAUUUCAUAGCAAUUUAAAGCACAAGCACAAUGUUCAGGCAUAAUCCCUAAUAAGUCACUAUUGAUUCUGGUUAUAAAGAAAGGCUGUCACCAUAAUGCAGGAUCACUACAGUUUAAUGUCAUACUGGCUUCCAAAGUGGGCAUCACAAUUAUCUAUAAAUCUUGUUUUAAAAAUACAUAUUUCUACCUCUCUCUGGGAGAUUUUUAUUCAAAUUGGUCUGUGCUGACACUAAGGAAUCUUCAUGUGGUCCAUGGACAGCUAUUUCUAUCUAUUCAGUAGAUAGAGCAAUGUUUCCCAAAUUGUUUUUCUAGAAUACUAAUUUCCAGAGAGACAUUCACAAGUAUUUACAAAAGAAGAAAGAGGUACAUGGUCAAAUUACUACAGGAAAAACUAGUAGUUUAAACAAGGUGAAACAAGAUUCUUUUUCUUUCUUUUUUUUUUUUUUUUGAGACAAAGUCUCGCCCUGUCUCCCAGGCUGGACUGCAGCAGCGCAGUCUCAGAUCACUGCAACCUCCGCCUCCUGGGUUCAAGCAAUUCUUCUGACUCAGCCUCCCGAGUAGCUGGGAGUACAGGUGCACACCACCAUGCCUGGCUAAUUUCUGUAUUUUUAGUAGAGACAGGGUUUCACCAUGUUGGCCAGGCUGGUCUUGAACGCCUGACCUCAUGAUCCACCCGCCUCGGCCUCCCAAAGUGCUGGGAUUACAGGCAUGGAGCACCGUGCCUGGCCAAGAUUCUUUACAAUAGGAUUUAUGUAAAACUUUACUAUGCUAAACUGCUCUCUGAUUAUUCAAGAGCAAAGUAUUAAAAAUUUCUCAAACUUACUUGACAACAAAACCCAUUCUUUGAGUUACAUCUACUAAGAGCUCGUAGUUCAAUAACAUUCCAAAGAACGUAGUUUGGAAAACACUGGCCUAUAGGCUGUAAUAGGAAGGGUCUAAAGAAAAUUAUUUGCUGAGUCCUCAUAAUCAAUUGGCUAUAAUCACAAUUUAAUAAUUUAUCAAUGCAAACAGUACAUUAAAAACUGUAGCACAAUCUAUAAUUUUUACCUUCAUAUGCAGAGAAAUUAAGAAUUUACAUCUUUUACAAAUAAGUAUAUCUCUGAAACACUGAAAUAUAUUGAUGGGUGAAAUAAUAUUUCUGGUAUUUUCUUCAUUACAACACGUGGAAUGGAACAGUGGCUAGAGGUAUGGAUGGAGCAAGGUCAAAUAUGAGCUGAUGGAGCUGGGAGCUAAAUAAGGGUAUAAUAUGCUACUUCUGUGUAUGUUGUGUAUGGUAUAGUAUGCUAUUUCUGUGUAUGUUCAAAUUGUUUAUGUAUAUAAUAAAGUUUUAAAAAUUUGUAUGUACUUGACAAUUCCUUAGAAAAAAGAGGCUAAAAUAAAAUAGAUCUAUGUCAUAAUCUAUAGAAUAGUCAUUUUAAAAGUUACAUAAUUAGUAAAUUCAAUACAAAUGUCUACUGAGAGAAAAUAAAAACUAGGAUGAUAUACCUGUAAAAUAGAAGAACUUACUAAUUUAUAAUACAUAUUUGCUUGUGUUUACAGACACAUGUUUUCAACAAAGGAUAUAAGUAUAUUAUGGCUAAUGUUUCUUUAUAGAUCAAUUAUACUUUGUUUUAAACCUUAAUUAUAAGAAUGAGAUGAUUAUAGGAACAUAAAAUAUCUUUUUCUAAACAAUGUAUCAUUCUGCUAAAUUAUUUCCUAAUUAUAAGAUGCAAAUAUUAAUAUUUGAGAAAUGUAGCAAAAUGAAAUAUAAUUGCAAAUGAGCAAAGACUACACUUAAGCUUUUAUAUUCAAGGGCCUCUAUUGAAUAUGGGGUAUUCAAUAAAUAUCUGACUACACAAAGAAAAAUAAA